AUGUCCAAGCAAGAGCCCGUCGCCGCCCGCAGCACCCAGCCCGGCAACGAGCUGAAAAACACCACCUCCGUAUCGUUCAAGGCCCCGCGGUCGGAUCCGGGUCUCCGUCCGCUUGUCAGUGCAGUAUAUCCUGUCACACUCAAGGUAGAACCACCGAGAUUUCUGUCUGGCAUGUCAUGCUUUGCUAUACGGUUUCUCGCAGUGGUUCCAACACCGCCGGUAAUGAUCCGCCACCACCAGAGUAUGCGUUCAGAAUACUAACAAAUACUCGUCCUUUCUUUUACAGUUUGAGGAAGUAGCGUAUAAGGUGAAGUUGUGUCAGAAGGGUGGCUUCAGUUGGUGCGGCAGCGGCGGCCAUGGUGACUGCUCAGAGAAAACGAUACUCAACGGCGUCACCGGUCUGGUAAAUCCCGGGGAGAUGCUGGGCAUGCUCGGCCCGUCAGGGAGCGGCAAGACCACCCUCCUCACGGCCCUCGGGGGUCGCCUCCAGGGCAAGCUGAGCGGCAAGAUUACAUACAACGGCCAACCUUUCUCCGGAAGCAUGCGCCGGCGGACGGGCUUCGUAUCCCAGGACGACGUUCUCUACCCGCAUCUUACGGUCUCAGAGACGCUCGUCUUCACCGCCCUUCUCCGGCUGCCAGGCUCGCUCACCCGGCAGGAGAAGGAGACCCAGGUUCAGCGCGUCAUCUCUGAGCUCGGUCUGGGUCGCUGCGCACACAGCAUGAUCGGAGGGCCACUCUUCCGGGGUAUCUCUGGCGGCGAGCGGAAGCGAGUUAGUAUCGGUCAGGAGAUGCUAAUAAACCCGAGCCUACUCCUUUUGGACGAACCCACUUCCGGGCUCGACUCAACUACUGCCCAGAGGAUCCUCAACACCAUCAAGCGGUUAGCCUACGGCGGUCGCACGGUAGUCACUACCAUCCACCAGCCUUCGAGCCGUCUUUACCAUAUGUUUGACAAGGUGGCGAUCCUCUCCGAGGGCAGCCCCAUCUACCAUGGACCUGCCUCCACCGCUCUGGACUAUUUUGCGUCUAUCGGCUUCCGGACGUCGGUCGUCGUCAACCCGGCAGAUUUAAUGCUGGACCUUGCCAACGGUAGAACUGUCGCCACCAACUUUCUCUAACCAUAUGCAUACCAUCCAUGUGAUAUGAGUGACCCACGGACCUCACUCCAGUAAAGCUCAUCAUCCUUUUGGGAUCCAAUCUUCCGGGUUGAACGUUCCUGCGGGACUGUUACAGACACGUGGCUUGAUCAGUGGCGUGUUGCUUGUCCUCUCCUUGUGCUUCCACGUGAACUUGAUCGAUGAGGCUGUUGUUUCCAUCUAACUCGGUGGGGUCAACUGGCCAGGGUUCGCGCCGGAGUGCCAGCCCGGAGGAGAAACCAGCGAGGUGAAGGAUAGCGGGAAAGACCUGGAGGAGCAGAAGCUGGUGAAGAAGACGCUCCUGUCGGCGUACGAGAAGAACAUUGCAUCGAGGCUGAAGGAAGAGUUGUGCUUCUCCACUGACGCAGCCACCUAUGUCGGCAGCGGGCUGUCCUCCCUCCCCAGUGAGACCAGUAACAUUCCACAGAAACCCUACUAACUCUGAUCGGCGAUGGUGUCUCUUACACUGCAUUUCUACUAUGCAGUGAGGAAGGAGCAGUGGAGCAUAAGCUGGUGGGGACAGUUCAAUGUGAUUCUGAGCAGGAGUCUGAAAGAGAGGCGGUACGAGGUCUUCAAUUACCUCCGCAUUUUCCAGGUCGUUAGCGUCGCAACUCUCGCCGGUUUACUCUGGUGGCAGACCCCGCCCUCCCACAUCCAGGAUCGAGUAAGUACUUCCAUUGCCGCCGCACUUUCUUUCGGGAGAUGAGCCUCACGCACUUUAAGGUUCCUUCCCACAUAUCCUUGCCCAAUGACCGAUAGCGGCCGGCCCCCGCCGACUAGCACAAAUCGUAGGAAACAGGCGUGCCUAUUUCUUUCGCACCUUGGUUACAACUGGUUCAGUCUAUAAUUAGAAUGAAGUGCAAUAAAGCCGAACGCUUCGUCGGAGGCGACCCCCCUGGGUCGUCAUCGGGAGAGACAAAAAUAAUCUAAUCAGAAGAAGAAGAUCCGGGCCUGGGUUUGGGUUUCUUGCUGCACCUACUACCACCGCCAUUCCCCUCAGAUAUGGAUUGGAAAUUGCUCGCACGACUAGUCAUUGAACUUGUACACGCUUUGUUCCUCUGCAGAGCGCGCUCAUGUUCUUCUUCUCCGUCUUCUGGGGCUUCUUCCCGCUGUACAACAGCGUCUUCACCUUCCCUCAGGAACGGUCGAUGCUGAUGAAGGAACGAUCCUCGGGAAUGUACCGCCUUUCGUCCUACUUCCUCGCGCGCACGGUAGGCGACCUGCCCAUGGAGCUCGCGCUUCCCACGACUUUUGUGGUCAUCCUCUAUUGGAUGGGCGGCCUCAAGCCCGACCCUGCCGCCUUCUUCCUCUCCCUUCUCGUCGUCCUCUACAGCGUGCUCGUGGCCCAGAGCCUUGGUCUUGCCAUAGGCGCCAUCCUCAUGGACGUCAAGCAGGGCACUACUCUAGCCUCCGUCAUCACCAUCGUCUUUCUCAUUGCUGGCGGCUACUAUGUGCAGCACAUCCCAGUCUUCAUUGAGUGGUUUAAGUACCUCAGCUACAGCUACUACUGCUACAAGCUCCUACUCGGGGUGCAAAUCAGCGAGGACGACUACUACGAGUGCUCAAAGGGGGUGAUGUGCCGGGUAGUGGACUUCCCCUCGGUCAGAUCGGUGGGGCUCAGGAACCUAUGGUUGGACGUCUGCAUCAUGCUCGUCAUGCUCCUGGGUUAUCGGUUCAUGGCUUACCUAGCUCUGCACCGAGUGCAGCCCAAGUAG